AUGACAACCUUAUUCCCUUUGGCUCCACUACCCUUGAUGGGGGAACGGACACUCUCGUCGAAACCAAACUUACCAAAUGUGGAACCUCGAUUUGUCCUUCCACCGUUGGACGAUCAUAUCUCUGGUCCUGAGCGACUCAUGGGUAGUUUAAGAGGGACAUCAAGAUAUGAUCUGCAAGAUCUAGACAUACCUCUUACACCUACCAAAUGUGCUAAAGACGUCGGAUCAGUACUUCCUGCAGGAACGAUUGAAGAGGAUGGAGAUAUAUGGCGAAAAGCGAUCGAACAACCUGAAGCUGGACCUAGUAGAUACAAGACAUUCGAGCCUGUGAGAACAUGGAAUUAUCACCAAUCAGCUUCCCAUGGUAGAACCGAACGUACCCCUUUCUUGUCUGAGAAAUCGACGUUCACUUUCGAUGCCUUGAUAACAUCGUUAGAGCCCCCAAUCGCACUGCCUAAACUAAGCAAGUCUGCUGGAACUACACCUGUAAACGAUUCCAGAAUGUUAUUGGAAAUAAUGAUGCGCUCCACACUGGGUACCGUCACCACUGAACGUCUCAAAUGGAGUACUAAAAAAGCCAAGUAUACUUGGAUUGAAGAAGGUGGUAGAUCCGCAGGCGUCGAAAGGAAGACUUCAUUGUCUAUGAUGGAAAGGUUCCUGGAUAUCGGAACUUCUAUCAGAAGAUUAGAGAUAAUUGUUGAUUCUCAGAGCAUCCUACCAUUGACACCAACCCAUCACGCACUUUUACAUGCUCUUUCAACCUACCUGACGUUCAUCAAACAACGUCUGACUUCUGCUGUGGAAGAAAGUCUAGCCGAGUCACAGGCAGGCUGGAUAAAGUGGAUAGGAGCAACCAAAGAUGUCCGAGAACUAGGAGAGAUAUUAUGUGAAGUCAUGUGUUGGCCUUUAUCGACUUCAGAAGCUUCAUCUCUUCCCUCAAGAGCACCUUCUCUCCUAAGUCAUCUAUAUUUCCACCUAUUAGCUUCCCUAUCGACAUCGACAUCUCAGCAAACUCCUUUAUCACUUGCAUUAGCCUUUUUAUUCAGUAAAUCAAUUCGACCAUUCCUUACUUUACUUCAUUCUUGGGUAGGAGUAUCGAAUUCUGCUGUACAAGAUGAAGACAUAGAUUCGAACUCUCAACCUUGGUCCGAUUUGGGUAUAACGCGUUCUUCGUCACCUGGAAGUGAUACUUGGCAAUACAGCUUUUCUUCGAAGAAAAUGCCUAGUUUUAUACCUAAAUCGGAUAGGAAAACACUAUUCGAAGCUGGAAAAAACUUGAGGUUACUUAGAGAAGCUUCAGCUGGCGGUCAUCCUCUUUGUUCAGGCGAAUGGGGAUUGAAAGCUGAAUUGAACUGGAGUGACGGUUCAUCGGACACGUCAAACGAGAUGAAAUCUCACGCUCGAAGAGUACAGAAAAAGGUCGAUCAUUGGCGAAAUAUCAACAGAGAACGUGCGAGACCAUUAUCAGGUUCAGCAUCUUCUCCAAAAUUGAGAUUAUCUCUUGGUCGCGGGAAAGAACGGAAACGAAUACCUAUCGAAUUCUCAUCUCCCCCUUCACUUUCGCUUGACCUCCAAGAGGCGCACAGAGCAGAGACUAUUACUGGAGAGACGAUACUAGAGAGUGGUGUACCUGAACUCGACAUCCUCUGGAGCCUGUUCAACGAAUCUCCCGGAACACAUCUCAAUCCCACCACGAGACCCGAUGAGGCGUCUCAUCUAUGGGCACCAACUCCACUUGAAGAAUUACAUUCUUUCCUAUCUCUGCAUUCGAAACAACCACUCUUGCCACAUGACAGUCCCACUCUGCCCAUAUUCGUUUCCACGCAUUUACUGUCGUCUCUGUUGAGUCACUCGAGGUUGGUGUCAACUUCACUUGUGUCGCUUUACCUUGAUGAUUUACGUUUCCUUGAUCAUUUGGAUAUACUCCAUUCAUACUGGUUAGGAGGGGAUGUCUCAUUCAUUGAAAGAGCUUCAUCAGCUCUGUUUGGUAAAGAUUCAGCGGGAGCAGGCGAAGCUUUAGGAUUGGGUAGAAGAGCAAGGACUCGUGCUAGAUUAGGGUUAUCGAAUGAUAAUCAAGGCAUGGGAGGUGAAUUGCCAGAAGGAGAAUGGGGCAUCGGAUUAGGUUUAGGUUUAAGUGAAAGAUCGAAAUGGCCACCUGGUGGUUCGGAAUUGGCUUAUGCUUUGCGUACAACUCUACUUGAACAAGGUAACAAGGUCGACAAGGGUCCCGUGUGGGAAGGUGUCGAAGAUAGAGUAAGUUUCGCUAUCAAACAAUUAGAUGAGGAUGAUAAAGGUAGACGAGCAAAAUGGUUAGAUCCACAAGCCAUCGAAGCACUGGAUUUCUUAUAUUUAUCGUAUUCACCUCCGCCAUCGAUUUCAAAUCUCUUACCACCUUCAUUACUGCAAAAAUACCAACAUAUCCAUAAUCUCUUGCUAAGACUAUCUCGAUGUCAAGUGGUCCUUCGAUCGAUGUAUUGGAACGUUCUCCAUCAAUCCGAAUGGAUCGAUGAACCACGGAAAUCAGGUGUGGAUUCAGGUCACAAUAAGAUGACAUCACGCGGAACUCUUCAGAAAAGUAGAGAAAGGCAGAUACGGACCUUAUUCCCAACGAAAUCGAAUAUCGAAAGAAGAGUACAGAUCCUCAGAUUUAGAAUGUCACAUGUUGUCAAAUCUUUCGAAAGGUAUGUGGUUGAUGGAGCAAUAGGUAAUAAAUGGGAAAACCUGAAAAAGCGAUUAGAAAAUCUGAAGAUUGACAAAAUGUCGUCUGGGGAGAAUGACAGUAGACCUUCAUCGCCUACUUCACGUCAAGAUGAAUUCUUUGAGAUCCAGGAUUACGACGAUGAAGCUCGACUUGAGAAUAAUGGCGAUGGCAAUGAAGGAGAAGAAGAGGAUUUGAUGUUUUUACAUCAACUCCAAUCUCCCCAUUCUAUCAUUCUGUAUCAUAAUUUGGUAUUAGAUAAGAUAUUGAGUGCUUGUUUAUUAGGAUCAUCGCCAGGACAACAAGUGACCUACAAGAUCCUGAUGGCGCUGUUGAGUUUAGUAUUGGAUCUGGGUAAAGUAUUGGUCGAGGUGGAAAGAGGGGCCAAAGGAUGGCAAGAUGGUAAAGAACAGAUAGAAGAGUUAGAAAAAGAAUGGAAUGAAAAGGAGAAAGUUUUUUUACAUGCACUAGAACGAUUAUCUCUUCGAACAACGAAAGAUAAACCUAGACCAGAAGAAGUCCAAGAAGACGGACAAGGAGACCAAGGCGAAAAGACCGAGAAUGAUCUACAUGUUCUACUCAAUGAGGAGCAAGAUGAACAUCAUUUGAGAAAGGGGCAAGGUGAUGAUCUGGCUGAUUUGAUCUUACGUCUCAAGUUGGGAAAUGGAAUUGAGAAAAGGGAAGGGAGAUGGAAAAAUCAGGGGAUUUGA